AGCUUAGUCGCAAAAAAAAUUUCGAAGAAACAGAACAAUUUUCGCACAAUCAUUUAUUUUUGUAAAUUGCACACGAAAAAACAGUAUUAUUGUUGUUGUGUUAUUGUUGCCUGCAUUUGUUUAGUGUGUAGCAGCCAGUGUUUUUUGUUAAUAGUGACUUUAAAAGUACAGCUUAAACUCAGGAAGAAGAAGAAAAAGUACAGUGACAGUGAGAAGGCAAAAAGUGCAAGUGCAAGUGCUUAGUGUGUGUUCGUGUGUGUGUUUGAGACUUGUUUUUGGCUUCUGGGAAGACUUGAGCCGAAGGUUCCAGAGUAGGAGUCGGAAGGCAGGCCAUCUUCUGCGGCGUGAAGCAGGUGCGGCGCCGGUCAAGGACAGCAAAUACCGUGGAGUCCGAAAUGCAGAGCCAGAGCCAGAGCUACGUGGACGCCCUCAGCGCCAAGGGCUAUCGGAGCUUCGGGUUCGACACGGACGUCGAGAUGGACAUGGACAUGGGCCUCACAAUGCGACGCAUCGAGAAGCGCAAAGGGGGUGAUCGUCAGGACUCCCCGGUGGAUGAGAAGGCCGAGUCCGAUGUGGAGCUGACCAACGAGAUCUCGGCCCCGUAUGAGGUGCCACAGUUUCCCAUUGAACAGAUUGAGAAGAAGCUGCAGGUCCAGCGCCACCUCAAUGAAAAGCAGGCCACAGGAUCCCGACCCGUGUCCGUUGCCCCGCACGUGCCGCACGUUCACAGGGAAUCCUCCAGCAGCGAGGGUCCCGAGAUCAUGGUGGAAAUGGAUAAAACCGAUGCGGACAUUAACUUCCAGCGUGUCUCCAUUUCCGGCGAGGAUACCAGCGGCGUUCCGCUCGAGGAUCUGGAACGUGCUUCGACCUUGCUGAUUGAGGCACUGCGCCUGCGCAGCCGCUACAUGGCCAUGUCGGAUCAAUCGUUUCCCUCGACCACGGCGCGUUUCCUCAAGACGGUGCGGCUCAAGGAUCGCAUAGAUAAUGUGCCCGCCAAGGUGGUUUCGGACAUCAUUCGCAAAAUGAGUGUAGCCCCCAUACAAGAUCUUCACGCGAAGUCAUCCUUGAAGGCGGUGACGGAUCCUUGGAAUGUUGAGUUUCCACCGGACGAGAAUUUUGUGAUUAAGCCAGUGAACGGAGUGUUUCACAUUUAUACGGAUGAAGAGGAGAAGAACGAGAUCGUCUACGAAUACCCGGAUAUGAGCCAGUUUGUGAAUGACAUGCAGGUCAUGUGCAAUAUGAUUGCCGAUGGGCCACUCAAGUCGUUCUGCUAUCGUCGCCUGUGCUACCUGUCGUCCAAGUACCAGAUGCAUGUCCUCCUCAACGAGCUGCGGGAGCUGGCCGCCCAGAAGGCGGUGCCGCAUCGCGAUUUCUACAAUACCCGCAAGGUGGAUACCCACAUCCAUGCCGCCUCCUGCAUGAACCAGAAGCAUCUGCUGCGCUUCAUCAAGAAGACGCUGAAGAACAAUGCCAACGAGGUGGUGACCCACACCAACGGCCAGCCGAUGACUCUGGCCCAGGUCUUCCAAUCGAUGAACCUGACCACCUACGACCUCACCGUGGACAUGCUGGACGUGCAUGCCGAUCGGAAUACGUUCCAUCGCUUCGACAAGUUCAACUCCAAGUACAAUCCGAUUGGCGAGUCCCGGCUCCGUGAGGUGUUCCUCAAGACGGACAACUAUCUGAAUGGCAAGUACUUUGCCCAGAUCAUUAAGGAGGUGGCGUUCGAUCUGGAGGAGUCCAAGUAUCAAAACGCCGAACUGCGCCUGUCCAUCUAUGGCAAGUCACCGGAUGAGUGGAACAAGCUGGCCCGGUGGGCCAUCGAUAAUGAUGUCUAUAGCUCGAAUAUCCGUUGGCUGAUCCAGAUACCGCGACUCUUCGAUAUCUUCAAGUCGAAUAAGAUGAUGAAGUCAUUCCAGGAGAUCUUGAACAACAUCUUCCUGCCGCUCUUCCAGGCGACAGCCCGACCCAGCAAGCAUCCGGAGCUGCAUCGCUUCCUGCAGUAUGUGAUUGGUUUCGAUUCCGUCGAUGAUGAGUCCAAGCCGGAGAAUCCGCUCUUCGACAACGAUGUGUCCCGGCCGGAGGAGUGGACGUACGAGGAGAAUCCUCCAUAUGCGUAUUACAUCUACUAUAUGUACGCCAACAUGACGGUGUUGAAUAAGUUUAGAAAGGAACGCGGCAUGAACACCUUUGUGCUGCGACCCCAUUGCGGCGAGGCCGGACCCGUCCAGCAUUUGGUCUGCGGCUACCUUAUGGCGGAGAACAUCUCGCAUGGCCUGCUGCUCCGCAAGGUGCCCGUGCUGCAGUAUCUGUACUAUCUGACCCAGAUUGGUAUUGCCAUGUCGCCGCUAUCGAACAACUCGCUGUUCCUCAACUAUCAUCGAAAUCCGCUACCCGAAUAUUUGGCCCGUGGACUCAUCAUCUCCCUAUCCACGGACGAUCCCCUGCAGUUUCACUUCACCAAGGAACCCCUAAUGGAGGAGUACAGCAUUGCGGCCCAGGUGUGGAAGCUCAGCUCCUGUGACAUGUGCGAGCUGGCCAGGAAUAGUGUGAUGAUGAGCGGCUUUCCUCAUCCCAUAAAGCAACAGUGGCUAGGGCCCGUCUACUAUGAAGAUGGAAUCAUGGGCAACGACAUUACCCGCACCAAUGUCCCCGAAAUUCGGGUGGCCUACCGCUACGAGACCCUGCUCGAUGAGCUGUCCAAUAUUUUCAAGGUGAACCAGACAUGCGGCGCCGCCAGCGAGCCCUCCUAGGCAGCUGCUGCUGGAUCCUGGCUUCCUGCGCUAACUACCAGCCUAUAUAUGCGAAAAUAGCUAAGGAUUAUACGGAUAUAUACGCUAGUUAUACAAAUAUAUACAUAUAUACAUAAUAUAUACUAUAAUUGUUUCUGUUCUAACCCAAAAACCAGAAAAUGUAAACGCGGCAGACCAAAACGAUACUUUAAAUAUAUAUACAAUAAACUUGUGUACUGGAAAAUUAAA